AUGGAUCCGACGCCGCAGUCACACCCGAUCCUCAACUACGUGCUCUCCCGCCUCCCCUCGCUGCCCGCGGUGAGGACGCCGCGGUCCCCGCGCGAGCGGGACCUCGAGCAACCGUCCCCGCGCACGCCGUCGGGCGCCGCGGAGAUCGACCUGGUGGGGCGCAUGCCGGGCCUGCGCCACCCGUCCGUGCUCUCCGCCAUGACCCGCGCCGUCGCCGACGUCGCCUCGGCGCGCGACGCGAUCAACCUCCUGGGGCCCCGGCCCGACCACGAGCAAGUCGACGCCUCCCGCGAGCUCCUCCUCCUCGCCGACGCCGGGGACAAGGCGGACGCCGACGCGGAGGAUAAGGCGAAGGAGCUCGACGAGGAGAAGCUGGCCGCGAGCAGGGAGGUGGUGCGGCUGGACGAGGAGCACGAGGCGUACGGCGCCCUGCUGCGGGACGCGGAGGAGAAGCUGGAGCACGUGUACCGGAUGGCGAUGCACGGGAGGGACAUCAAGGAGGCGGGCGGCGGUGAUGCCAAAGGGGAAGAGGGGUCCGGGGCGGUCGAUGAGGAGGUGGUGCGGGUGCUCAAGGACGCGGAGGAAGGGAAGGUGGUGGAGCGGGUGAACCUCGCCGACCGGCAGCUGCGCCUACUGCCAGAGCCCGUCGGCCGGAUCCGCAGCCUCCUCGCGCUCGACGUCUCCCGCAACCAGCUGAAGGACGUUCCCGAUGCUAUUGGUGGGCUCGAACACCUGGAAGAGCUCCGUCUCGCUUCCAACGACUUGGUUUCUCUCCCAGACUCCAUUGGCCUUCUAUCCAACCUCAAGAUCCUCGAUGUUUCCGGCAACAGGCUGAGGGUUCUGCCCGACACCAUCUCGAAAUGCAGAUCCCUGGUGGAGCUGGACGCGAGCUACAACGCCCUGGCGUACCUCCCGACAGGCAUCGGGCACGAGCUGGUGCACCUGCAGACGCUGCGCGUGCACCUCAACAAGCUGCGCUCCUUGCCGUCGUCGGUCUGCGAGAUGCGAUCGCUGCGCCUCCUGGACGCGCACUUCAACGAGCUCCACGGCCUACCGGCCGCCAUCGGCCAGCUGUCCGCGCUGGAGACGCUGGACCUGAGCAGCAACUUCAGCGACAUGCGGGACCUGCCGCCAUCGUUCGGCGACCUAGCGGGCCUGCGCGAGCUGGACCUGAGCAACAACCAGAUCCGUGCGCUGCCGGACUGCUUCGGCCGGCUCGGCAAGCUGGAGAGACUCCGCCUGGACCAGAACCCGCUCGCCGUGCCGCCCCCCGAGGUGGUCGCCGACGGCGUCGUCGCGGUGAACGAGUACAUGGCGAGGCGGUGGGCCGAGGCCGUCGCCGAGGAGGAGCAGCGGCGCGCGAGCGCAGCCGCCGUGGCGGAGAGCCCUAGGGUGUCCACGCCCAGGGAGUGGCUGACGCGGAGCGUAUCUUCGCUGAGCACCUGGGCGGUGAAGGUUGUCGGGCAGGACAAGGUGGACGAGGAGGACGAGUUCCUACAGCAGCAGUUCUGA